AUGCUUCGCACUGUCUCACCUACCACAAUGGAGCCCUUUCACCUACCGGAAACGGAGCGGAAGUUACAGUCAAUAUGGACUCAUGUUUUGAAUCUCCCUGAUGUUGCCCUUGACCAGCCCUUUCUUUCCGUAGGCGGAGACUCUAUUUCUGCCAUGCAGAUUGUGGGUCAGUGUCGGAAACAAGGAAUGAGCCUUGGUGUACAGGAAGUGUUGCGCAGCCGAUCCAUUACCCAGCUUGCGACAUACGUCAAAGAUGUAGAUACAUCCUGUUUUGACCACGAAGAGGUUUUCGAUGAAGACUUUGACCUUAGUCCGAUCCAACAAACCUAUUUUCAACGGCCAAAUACACACGGUCAUUUCAAUCAGUCAUUCUACCUCCGAGUAACAAGUCGAACGUCUGCGGUCGAUUUCAAGUUGGCUGUAGAGCAACUGGUAUCACGUCAUCCAAUGUUGCGUGCACGGUUCUCUUUCUCAAGGGAACACGGGUGGCAACAGCGUCUUACAAACGACAUCAUCAACUCUUAUCGAUUUCGCCAUGCCAUAGUCACAUCGCAAGCUGAGAUCGAUGCAUUAAUCGAAGAAUCACAGCAAUGCUUCAAUCAUGCCAAAGGUCCACUGUUCGCCGCUGAUUUCUUCGACUGGGGUGACGAACAGUAUGCUUUUCUCACAGGUCAUCACCUAGUGGUUGAUCUGGUCACUUGGCGUUUGUUGCUGGAAGAACUCGAAGAAAUAUUGAAAGGUGGUCAACUCCUUGCUCCUGGUCUUCCAUUCCAGAAAUGGGUAGAACUUCAGGUUGAACAUGCAGAGUCAUUGGCAAUCGAUGAAGUUAUGCCCCCUGUUGAGAUUCCUCGCCUAGACUUCUCUUAUUGGGCUAUACAACACGAAGACAACACCUAUGGUAAUGCAGGUCAUACUAGCUUCGAACUUGGAUCUGAGAUCAGUACGGCUUUCUUGACAAAUUGCAAUCGCGCCUACAAGACUGAGCCUGUUGAGAUCUUACUCGCAUCUUUGCUCCACUCAUGGUCUGCUGUCUUCAAGGACAGGCCUGUGCCUGCAAUUUUCAAUGAGGGUCAUGGACGUGAGCCUUGGAAUUCUGAGAUUGAUAUAACAAGGACUGUGGGCUGGUUCACUGCACUAUCUCCCAUCCUAGUGCUGCCAGGAGGGAAGCCCACCGACACCGUCCGUAGGGUCAAGGACUUCAAGCGCGCUAUCCCUGCCAAUGGUCGACCUUACUUUGCGAGGAGGUUUCUGACCGCAGAUGGUCGCGAUCGAUUUGCCACUCAUUGGCCUAUGGAGAUUCUUUUCAAUUAUCUAGGACAGUAUCAGCAACUGGAAAGGACUGAUGCCCUUCUCCAACCCUUGGGAACCAUGGCUGGUGAAACUGGGAAGUCUGGAGGCACUUCUGACUUUGGUCGCGACACUUGUCGCUGGGGACUAUUUGAGAUCUCUGCUUUCGUCUUCAAGGGACACCUCAAGGUUGCAUUCACAUACAAUCAGCACAUGCAACACCAGGAUCUUGUCCAGCAGUGGAUCCAGGAAUGCCAAUCUACUAUCACGCAAAUGAUAUCUGAGCUUACCGUCCUUGACCCUAAGCCAACACUCAGCGACUUCCCUCUGCUCACGUUGACAGAAGAGAGCUUCUACAAGAUGAUCGAUCGACUGUCCGAGAUGGGCAUUGAACAGUCUAAUGUCGAGGAUGUCUACCCGUGCUCCAGUAUGCAAGAAGGGCUCUUGCUAUCGCAAACUAAAGAUACUGGAUUCUAUGCAGCAGCAACACUGCACGAAAUCAAAAUUCCGAGUGGCAAUUUGGACUGGAACCAGAUUGUUUUUGCUUGGAAACAAGUCAUUGCUCGACAUCCGGCGCUACGAACUGUAUUUUUCGAUGACGUAGGAACGAAGGAUGGUCUAUACAAUCAAGCAGUUCUCAGAAAGAUAGAUGCGAAUAUCGUACAUCUUGAAUGCCUGGAUGAGGCUGAGGCUGUGACCCUUAUCGAGCAACAGCGUUCGACCGACUACGCACAGGGCUUGUGUCCCAAUCACCGAUUCACCAUCUGUACUUCAGCUGAUCAACGGAUGUAUUGUUCCUUGGAAAUCAGUCACGCUAUCAUGGAUGGCCAUUCUAUGAGUCUCCUCAUGGGCGACUUUCAGAAAGCCUGUCUGGGCAGGCUUGCUGGAGAAGCAACGCCAUACAGUGACUACAUAGCGUGGUCGCUAAAGCAGCCCAGAGAUGCCAGUAUUGAAUUUUGGAAAUCUUACCUUGGAGGCAGCGAUGUCUGCUCAUUUCCUGUCCUUGAUGAUGGGUGUGUUGUGCCAAAAGAAUUGGCCACCAUUCGCAUGGAUAUGAGCAGCAUCGGGCUUUCGGAUAUGCAGAGCUUCUGCAACAACAAUGGCAUCACUCUAUCUAACGUCUUCCAUACGGCAUGGGCACUGACCCUGAGUCUAUAUGUUGGUACUCCUGAUGUUACCUUCGGCUACCUGACCUCUGCCCGCGACUCAGAAGAGGUACCCGGCGUCAACGAGAUGGUCGGCCCCAUCAUCAACACACUAGUAUGCCGUGUGGACAUGUCUGACAGCUCGCGCUGUCUCCUGGAUGUUCUCCAAAAUGUGCAGCGUGACUACAUGGAGGCCAUACCACAUCGACACAUCGCUCUAGCGGAUGUUCAACACGAACUGAAGCUAGCUGGUACAAAUCUCUUCAACACUGCGCUAUCAUACCGUCGCCUGCCGCCAAACGAGAUUGUUGAUGACGAAAGCUUGUAUUUAGUGGAGUUGCGCCCGAUUUAUGACCCCACAGAAUACCCUGUCAGUAUCAACAUCGAAAUCGGUGAUGAGACUGCUGCAGUGGACCUGGACUAUUGGACCGAUCAUCUUUCUGCUGCACAGGCGGCCAAUGUCGCCAGUACCUUUGUCCGCGCACUUGAGAACAUUGUCUUCAACGCCAAACGCCGCAUAUCUGCGUUGGAUAACAUCAGUCAACAGCAUGUACAACAAAUCCACAGCUGGAACAUUAUGCCGGAAACAAUCAGCGAGACCGUGCAUCAAAAAUUUGAUUCUUGGGUCAAAUUGCAACCGGAUGCGCCAGCUAUUUGUGCCCAUGAUGGCGAUUUUACGUAUGCUGAGCUUGAUGAAGUGACUGAACGUUUGGCACAUCAUCUUGUUCAAUUAGGAGUCGGCCCCGAAGUAUUCGUUCCCACUUGUUUCGACAAAAGUUGCUUCGCCAUAGUGGCUAUGCUUGCCGUGUUAAAGGCAGGUGGAGCAGCUGUUCCACUUGAUGCCACACAUCCAAGGCCUGCGCUCCAGACACGACUAGAGGAUGCCGGAGCCAAUAUCGUUUUAACCACUCCUGAGCGCGCCGAGAAAUUCGAUGGCCUCGCCAUGAACAUCAUCACGAUUAAUGCAGCUUUCCUGGCUAGUCUCCCAGCAGAGAGCAGACCAGUUUGUACCACUGUGCGACCAGAAAAUUCUGUAUUCGUAAUCUUUACCAGUGGUUCAACGGGUCGGCCAAAGGGUGUGGUCCUCACGCACGCCUCAAUAGUCACAAGUGCAGAGGCUCAUGGCAGUAAGAUUGGACUUGGUCAGGGCAUACGCAUGCUACAAUUUGCCUCAUACACUUUUGACAAUUCCCUGGAAGAAAUGUUCACCACACUACAAAGAGGUGGUUGUGUAUGUGUCCCAUCUGAAGCUGAUCGUGUCAACGACAUCCCGGGGGCUAUCGCCCGGCUGAAUGCAAACAUGAUGGACCUUACGCCAACAGUUGCUGCCUUACUGCAUCCAGCCGAGGUGCCUACUAUCAAACGACUUUGUCUUGGUGCCGAACCUCUUACCAAAGCACUGGUCAAUCUCUGGAGUCAGUAUGUCCACCUGUUUGGACAAUACGGUCCUAGUGAAGCUUCAAUCAACUCCGCUUUCAAGGACUUCACGCACGGAGGAGAAGCUACAAAUAUUGGCAAGGCUGUUGGGUGCGUCACAUGGGUCGUCGAUCCCGAGAACCGCAAUCGAUUGAUGCCCAUUGGGUGUAAAGGAGAAUUGCUACUUGAGGGCCCGAUACUUAGUCGAGGAUACCUCAAUGAUCCCGAGAAGACGCAAGCCGUAUUCAUAACGAAUCCGGAAUGGGCCACCACUGAGGGUGCUAGUCCACGUAAAUUUUACUGUACUGGAGAUCUUGUGCAGUAUACUUCAGAAGGUGAGAUGAUGUAUCUAGGCAGGAAAGACAGUCAAGUAAAGCUUCAUGGACAACGUAUUGAGCUCGGCGAAAUCGAACACCACCUUCGGCAGAACCUGCCCACGAGCGCCAAGUCCGCAGUUGAGCUGGUAAAGUUCAACGACAACAACAACACAAAGGCUUUAGUAGCCUUCAUAUGCUUCGAAGAACAGGGCGAUGACAGUGGUAAAAUUGUCUCCCCUGCUAUUCUGGAACUUUCCGAAUCAGCGCGUACGGCUGCUAAACGUAUUGAACUAGCUUUGGCCAAUGCUCUGCCGACGUACUAUGUACCCGCUUUGUUUAUGCCAGUCACAAGCAUGCCUAUGACAACUUCAGGCAAGCUUGAUAGAAAAGUGUUACGAGCGCUUGCCGCAGCAGUCCCUGAGCUGGAUCUGACCCCUUAUCGCCUGGCUGGAAAGAGUGGCCGUGCACCUUCAGGCCACGUCGAGACUAUGCUCGCUCGUCUCUGGGCAUCAGUAUUGAAUCUUAGUCCAGAUGCAGUAGGCGCUGAAGACUCAUUCUUCCGCCUGGGUGGAGAUUCAAUCAGUGCAAUGCGUCUAGUGUCAGCAUCGCGGAAAGAAGGCGUCAUGCUGAACGUCGCCAAUGUCUUCUCGCAACCAAAGCUGAUGGACAUGGCUACAACGGUCAAUAUACUGUCUUCCGAAGACAUGACUGCUAGCGCCCAGCCAGAUUCAGCACCGUACGAACUCCUUCCGGCCAGUGCUCGACAGAGAAUCAUUAAAUAUGCUGCUGGCGAGUGCAACAUCUCGCCAGACUGCAUCGAGGAUAUUUUUCCCUGUAGCAAAUUGCAAGAGGGACUGAUCAUGCUUUCAAGCAAGGAUCCUGGUACCUAUGUUGUGCAGCCUAUUUAUAGUUUACCAACAGACAUCGACAUGGCUCGUUUCAAGAAGGCGUGGAGAGAUGUCAUUGCUGAAGAGGCGAUUUUGCGAACGCGCAUCGUCUACACUGAAGAUUAUGGUUUCUUACAAGUGGUAGCACGGGAGAACCAAGAAUGGUUUGAGUUGGCCAACCUCACAGAAAUUAACGACGCUACUCGUCGGAUCCCAGCGACAAAUGGUGCACCUCUCACAACAUUCACCAUUGUUGGAGAAAACAGCACCAAGCCAUACUUUGUCUGGACUGCACAUCAUGCAGUAUACGACGGCUGGAGUUGGUCAGCCCUUUUUCGAAAAGUCGAGGCUCACUACAAUGGCACUAGCCAGGAGUUACCAACAUCGGUUCCUUAUUCUCGGUUCAUCAGGUACUUGACCUCGUUGGAUCAAAAGGAGUCCGAUAAUUUCUGGUUGUCUCAUCUCGAUGAUAUGACCGCACCUCAAUUCCCACAACUGCCCUCCUCAGAUCAUAGAGUAGAAGCGAAUGGCCAAUUGCUGCAUCGAAUCGAGAUCAUUCGUGAUCGCAGUAUCGAAGUCACAAUCCCUUCCAUGAUUCGAUCCGCUUGGGCACUCAUGCUGGCAACCUACUCCGGAUCUGACGAUGUUUUAUGGGGUGAGACCAAUAGCGGCCGUGAAGCAUCUGUCCCUGGCAUCGAAAAUAUGAUUGGCCCUACUAUUACGACUGCUCCUGUACGAAUGCGUCUUGACAGGCAACACACCGUUCAUGAAUAUCUCAAAGAGACUCAGCGUCAGUCAUCGACCUCUCUGCCCUUUCAAUACGCCGGGCUGCAGCACAUUCGGAAGCUGAGUUCUGAGACCGCCAUUGCUUGCGAUUUUCAAAGCUUUCUGGGCAUCGAAGCUGGCGAAGACCUUGCGGAUGCUGACAGUGAUCUUUGGAAGAUGGAAAGCGCCAACACCAUUGGCACCGACUUCUUCAGCUAUGCGUUGAUCUUCAAUUGCAAAGUUACCCCUGAAAGCGUGCACGUAGAAGCGCUUUACGACAAUCGUGUCGUUGAACCAUGGCUCAUUCAGCGUCUCGUUCAACAGUUCGAGUUCCUUCUCCAUCGCUUCAACUCUCCCGAAUUACUUGAUCGAAGAUUGUUGGACGUGAACUUCAUAAAUCCUGCUGAUACCGCAUUAAUUUCUACGUGGAAUAGCAAGCCAGUUGACAUUCUAUAUCGAUGUAUACACGAUGUAAUCACUGAGGAUCAGACCCAAGUGCAGCCAGACGCCAUUGCGAUUGAUGCGUGGGACACUGGCGCGAUGACGUAUAAGGAGCUGGAUGCGCGCGCAACAUCUCUGGCCCAUCGCUUGAUAUCGAUGGGUAUCAAGCCUCAACAGUCUGUCCCUCUAUGUUUCGACAAGUCGGGAUGGACCAUUGUGGCAAUGCUUGCCGUUCUGAAGGCUGGGGCAACUUUUGUUCCUCUGGACUUCGAAGCGCCAAUACUUCGUCUUCGCGAACUUGUUCUCGAUGUCAACGCAAGUUUGAUACUGUGUGCCCCACAGCUUGAGCAACUUUGCCAGUCUAUACCGUGCAAUACGCACGUUGUUGAUCGGAUCGCCACUGAGCCUUACCAGUCAAGCUACCAGUCGUUGCCCAAAGUGGACAGAAAACCAAAGGGUGCUCAAAUUUGUCACUAUCAAUGGACGACAUCUUCAACUGCAUUUUCUCCAGGAUGGAACAUCAACAGAUCGUCGAGAGUGCUCCAGUUCGCAUCGUACACUUUCGAUGCCUGUUUGAUUGAGAUAUUCAGCACGCUCAUGUGCGGUGGCACUAUUUGUGUACCUGACCAAGCAGCUCGAACAAACGACCUCGUCGGUGUCAUCAACCAGUUCAACGUAAAUUGGGCCACUUUAACUCCAUCAGUAGUGCGAAUGAUGCAGCCAUCACAGGUCCCAACUCUCAAAACCUUGGUUCUCGUCGGUGAAGCCAUGUCUCAACAAGAUCUGGCCACGUGGGCCAACGAAGUAACACUUGGUAAUGGUUAUGGCCCUACUGAAUGCUCAGCGAUUUCGACCUCCAACAUCAUGACGCUUGAGACCAUGCCGAACAACUUGGGCAAGGCUGUCACUUCACGCGGAUGGAUCGCUUCCCGAGAUGAUCACAACACACUACUCCCCGUGGGUGCUAUCGGAGAGUUGCUUCUUGAAGGCGGUGCGGUGGGCGCUGGUUAUCUCAACGAUGCCCAGAGAACCACUCAAUCAUUUAUUAGCGAUGUGAGAUGGUCCACAACUUUCCUCAACAAUGACAAAACUGUCCCCCUUAGAAUAUAUAAAACUGGAGACCUUGUCAAGUACCACAAUAAUGGUACUAUUCUGUAUCUUGGACGAAAGGACUCGCAAACCAAGGUCCGUGGGCAGCGACUUGAGCUGUCAGAGGUCGAACAUCACCUCGUAGCCGAUACAUUAGUUCAGAAUGCGCUUGCUGCAGUGCCUACAAAGGGACCAUGUUCCAAAAGACUUGUUGGUAUUGUGUCACUUCGAAACGUCGUUGUUCCCAUGGGAGCAGCAGGAGUCCUGCAAAUUGUGCCCGCAGAAGUAGGAGCUCCAAACAUCACCGUUCUUCGCGACCGCCUCUGUGAGCGUUUACCAGCGUACAUGAUUCCAUCACUCUGGGUCGCAGUUUAUCAGUUCCCCCUGACAUCUGGUGGCAAAAUGGACCGCAGAUGUGCCGUCCAAUGGCUUGAGCAGAUGGACACUAACACUUACCGCACCAUCUCAACUGCAGCGGAGGAAGCCCAACCUGUGAAUGCGAGCGACAUUGAGCACAAGCUCCAGACAAUUUUUGCGAAUGUUCUGAAUCUACCAGCGGAAGAUAUCCGUCUCAACCAGUCCUUCUUACACCUGGGCGGUGAUUCCAUUGCUGCGAUGCAGGUAUCAUCGCAAUGUAGGGCGCAAAACUUACCUAUCAGCGUACAAGAUAUCAUCCGCUCCAAAUCUAUCUCGGCAUUGGCAGCCACCGUCGAUCUUACUAAAGAAUCGACUUCGACCCCACAAGCCGUAGAGUACCACCUACCUUUCGAUGUCUCGCCAAUCCAGAGGGUCUUCUUCGAGACCGUUGGUGACGCAUACAACCAUUUCAAUCAAACUGAGAUUUUCCGACUUUCUCGGAAUUUCAGCACCGAAGAGAUGAGAGAUGCUUUGGCUGCGUUGGUCGCCAUUCAUCCUAUGCUUCGAGCACGCUUCCUUCAGAAUGAUACUAGGACUUGGCAGCAGAGAUUUGAGGUCAACACAGAGAAUUCUUUCCGGCUUCGCCAACAUCGUGUCACGUCUGCCAACGAUAAAACUCUUACGCCAGUCAUUGAUGAGAGUCAGGCUUCUCUAAACAUUACCCACGGCCCAACAUUCGCAAUCGAUCUCUUCGAUGUUGAUGACACUUUUUCUCAGGCAAUAGCUCUUGUAGCACACCAUCUCAUAAUCGACAUCGUAUCUUGGGGUGUUCUUCUUGAAGAUCUUCAAAACCUCCUAAAUGGCGUCCAGCCGCCACCGCAAAGUCUUCCAUACCACACUUGGUUGCAGCAACAAGCUCUUCAAGCCAAGCAAGAGUCUGCGCGACAAGUCUUUCCUCUCGGCGAUAUAGCCCCAGCGGACCUGGAUUAUUGGGGCAUGACAGGCCAAUCCAAUAUCAGCGGCGACGUCAUUGAACAGGACGUUCAGAUUAGCGCCAGGGAUACCAUGUUGCUGCUUGGUGCGCAGGACGUCUUAGCGACUGAGCUUCUAGAUAUCUUGGUUGCCGCACUGCUUGAGUCCUUCCGCAAUGUCUUUGCAGAUCGAGCUGCUAUCACUAUAUAUAACGAAGGCCAUGGUCGUGAGACCUUUACUCCUAGACAGGAUCUCUCCCGCACGAUCGGUUGGUUCUCGACUCUCACGCCUAUUGGUCUUCCAGUCUCUGAGGAGAAAACUGACACAAUCAAUACCAUUCGAUGGGUGAAGGAGUCCAGAGAGAGGAUCCCUGAUAAGGGCCGACCGUACUUUGCUUAUAGGAACUUGACAGAAGAGGGACGCAAGGCUUUUGUUACUCAUUGGCCGGCCGAAGUAAUCUUCAAUUAUUUGGGCAAAAUGCAGGGGGUGGACCGCAAAGAUGCCCUGUUCACCUCACUUGAGGGAAUUGACUCCCGAGAAAUUGGCGAUGAUGUUCCUCGGUUGUCGCUCUUUGACAUUACGGCCGCUGUCUCACAGGGUGCGAUCAAGUUCUCCUUUGGGUGGAACCGACACAUGAAACAUCAAACGGAGAUUCGCGCCUGGGUAAAGCAAUGUCGACAAACUCUUGUGGAUGCUAUCGACGCUCUUCUUUCAGUACAGUCGAAUCCUAGUUUGGAUACUUUCAAGCAUCUACCUUUACUAUAUAAUGGUGCUUCUCGUCUCGCUGCGGCACUGCCUGAGAACAUCAGCAUCGCAGAUGUCGAAGAUGUAUACCCUGUGUCGCCAAUGCAGCAAGGACUUCUACUCACACAAUCCCGAAAUCCUGAACUUUACAUCUACGAUGCAAUUUUUGAGGUCCUGCCAUCGGAUCGCACGCUAUCGGUUGAUGCGCAUAGACUUGCAGAAGCAUGGCAAAUCGUCGUCCACCGUCAUCCAGCAUUGAGAACAAUCUUUGUGAAUAGUCUUGCUAAGACUGGAACGAAAGAUCAGAUCGUGCUGAAAGAGAAAGCCGGGAGGAUACAGUUCUUCGACGAUUGUGAAGAUGGUGAGGUAGCUGACUUCCUGCGAGCCCAACCCUCCAUCGAUUGUCGUGAACUCCUUCCGCCGCACCGCAUGAGUAUAUGCAAAACCAAAGCAGGCAAAGUUUGGGUCAAAUUAGAACUCAGCCACGCUAUCAACGAUGGUACAUCGAUCUCAAAUAUUCUCAACGAUCUCGCUAGCGCGUAUGCUAGGAAACUCACUCGAGCAGAUACUGGGCCUCUCUACUCUGAUUACAUUAGCCACAUUUUGUCUAGCUCGAGGCAUGCUGAUCUUGCGUACUGGAAGACAUAUCUCUCAGGUGUAGAGCCUUGCUUCUUCCCUACGCUCAAUGAUGGAAAGUCUAGUCCUCAUGAACCGGGAUCCAUUGACCUUCACCUUGGUAGUACCAAGGAUGUCCAACAUUUCUGCAAGAAGAAUGGUGUCACACUAUCGAACGUACUCCAACUUGCUUGGGCACUCACCCUCCACUGUUUUGUGGGUUCAUCCGAUGUAUCCUUUGGUCUGGUAGCAUCUGGUCGGGAUAUUCCAGUGAAGAACAUUGAUGAAGCCGUCGGAUGCUUUGUCAAUAUGCUUAUUGCUCGUCUCUCUUUCUCAGACGAGACUACAAUUGCUCAACUACUCGAAAAUCUCCAGUCUGGUUCAAUGAACGCGUUGUCGCAUCAGACAUGCCCGCUUGCUGAGAUCCAGCACGAACUCCAACUACCGGCACUUUUCAACACUGCUUUCACGUUCCAGAGAAGAAGUAUCUCACGUGACCCAGAAGAGACAGCUCUGCUUUACGAGAACAUGGAAGCGGCUGACCCUGGAGAGUAUGUUGUCACGGUCAAUACUGACGUUACCGAUGAGGACAUUUAUGUCGACUUUGGAUAUUGGAAAGACAAGAUUCUGCCAUCGCAAGCUCAGAACAUGGCAGAUACAUUCAGCAAGAUCUUACAGGGUAUUAUAGCUACUGCAGAUGGCUCUCCCACCGUUGGACAAAUGGAAUAUUUCACAGCAGGCAGUCUCAAGCAGGUCAUAGAAUGGAAUUCCGAACUCCCAUCACCUAUUCGACGAUGCGUUCACGAGGUCAUCCACGAACAAGCUCUCACCAGACCACGGGCAACCAAAGCGGUUGAGGGAUGGGAUGGAGCUUUCACCUAUCAGGAAUUCGACAAGCUUACUGAUCAACUUGCUGUUUACCUCCAAGCCAAUGGCGUCACGACCGAAACAUUCGUCCCGAUCCUGUUCGAUAAAUCGUCUUGGGCUAUUGUCAGUAUGAUCGCUAUCAUGAAGGCCGGCGGCGCAUACGUGCCACUCGACCCAAAGCAUCCACAAACCCGCCUUCAAGAGUUGAUCAGUGACGUGGGAGCGGGAAUCGUGCUCUGUUCCCGCAACCAUCAUACGAAGGCCAGUGAAGUCGCCAACUCCGCUUUCAUUAUCGAUCAGAGAGCCUUCAAAAAGCUCGCUAUUCCAAGUGCAGCAAAGCCCAAGUCGUUGGCUACACCAGAAAAUGCAGCUUAUUGCCUCUUCACCUCGGGGACGACUGGUCGCCCGAAGGGUACAGUGAACUUGCACAGAGGAUUUGUCACGAGUGCAGCUGCCUUCACUCGACGGAUGAACAUCAACGCCACCUCGCGUACAUUCCAAUUUGCGUCUUAUACAUUCGAUGCUAGCUGUAUUGAGAUUCUCUCUGCUCUGACCGUGGGUGCCACAGUGUGCGUGCCGUCCGAGAGCGACAGGAUGAACGAUCCAGCUAGUGCCAUUCGCAAGCUGAAGGUCAAUUGGUCACUGCUGACUCCCUCUGUUCUUGGAACGAUAGAUCCAGAACGUGUACCAAGUCUGAAAACGCUAGUAUCAGGAGGAGAGGCUCUCCCCGGACCCAUACUCAAGAAAUGGGGUACCCGCACGUGUUUCAUCAACGCAUACGGACCGACCGAAUGUGCAGUCGUCGCUGCUACAAGUUACAAGUCCUCACUUGACCAUAAACUUCUCGAGACAGAACCUGGAACAAUUGGAACUGGGUCGGGAGCUCGACUGUGGGUUGUUCAUCCGCGCAAUCACGACAAGCUCAUGCCAGUGGGCAGCGUCGGUGAGCUGAUCAUUGAGGGACCUACUGUUGCGCGAGGAUAUCUUCAUGACGAGGUCAAGACUGCCAAAGCUUUCAUUGAGAAUCCUGCAUGGGCACUUGCGCUGUCUGCUGAAAAUCCUGCUUUCCAGGCCAUGCGUAUGUACAAAUCGGGUGAUCUAGUUCGUUACAACACGGAUGGAUCAGUGAACUACAUUGGCCGAAAAGACACUCAAAUCAAACUCAACGGGCAGCGAAUCGAGCUUGGAGAAAUCGAGUUUCAUGUCGGAAAACAUUUCCCUGACAAUAUCCAGUCCGCAGUGGAAUUGGUAACACCCUCAAAUCGUGGUAGUACAAAGGCUCUGGCCGUGUUCUUUGCCAUUGCUCAAACUCAGCCAGCAGAAGAUGCAGACAGGGACCAACUCCAAGCAACCGAAAUGGACAAUUUACUGGUUGAUAUGAGCGAUGAGCUGCGAGACAUCUGCAAGACGGCAGAGAAUGGUCUUGCAAGUUCAUUGCCAUCAUACAUGAUCCCCUCAAUCUUCAUUCCUGUUGCGAAGAUGCCGUGGACAUCGGCUGGCAAGCUUGACCGUAAUCGCCUUCGCAACCUUGCCCAGUCCUUGGAUCGCGAGGUGAUGAGUACUUAUCGACUGACGAGUAUGGCUAACAAGAAACAACCUAAAAGUGAAUCUGAAAAGAGGAUCCACAGGGCAGUGUGCUCAGUACUGAACCUUCCGGCCUCCGCAGUUGGUAUUGAUGAUAGCUUCGUUCGUCUCGGUGGCGAUUCAAUCUCGGCAAUGAAACUCGUGGCAGCUACGCAAGUAGAGAAGCUUAACCUGUCAUUUAUCGACAUCUUCAAAAGCCCGAAGCUUGCAGAUCUUGCUGCUAUUGUAUCCCGCUCAGGAUCAGAACAACCAAUUGAGAAGCCUGUGGAGCCAUUCUCGCUCGUGAAAAACCCUCUCACGACUACAGAGGUCCUAGCGGAGAUUGUGCAACAGUGUCGUCUACCGAUUGAUAAAGUUCAGGAUGCUUGUCCAACAAGCCCACUCCAAGAAGCGCUCAUCACACUGUCAAUCAAGCAGCCUGGUGCAUACGUCGCACAGCACGUUUUAUCACUCAGCAAGUCUGUGGAUAUCAGCAAGCUGAAGGUUGCAUGGCAGCGCGCUGUCCAAGAGAUUGAUAUCCUCCGAACACGCAUCAUACAGCUGCGUUCUGGAGCAUUCAUGCAGGCUGUGCUCACAGAGGACCGAAUCGAGUGGCAGGAGCUGUCAUCUCUCAAAGCAGCGGAGCAGGAAGCCGCCAAACUUCAAUUGCACACAGGCGACAAACUUGCGUCGUACGCCCUGGUCAUAACAGAAGGUACCGAGCGAUACUUUGUCUGGACUAUUCAUCACGCCCUCUACGACGGUUGGAGUAUCUAUCUGAUGCUACAACGCGUUCAGCACCUCUAUCAAAGCGAGGGCACAAAGCCACCACAAACUCCGUACACCAAAUUCAUCCAGUACCUUUCAAAUACGGAUGCAAAGACUUCCGCUAAAUACUGGAAGGACACUCUUGCGGGACACUCUUCCUAUCAAUUCCCCCAGAAGUCUCACUCUCUAGGAGAAGAUGUCCAUAGCGGACAGUCAAUCCAACACAAUGUGAAGCUGGCUCGUCAUAAGCAUACUGAUGUUACUCCCUCAAAUGUUGUCCGGGCUGCCUGGGCGUUGCUAGUGGCCGCAUAUACUGGUAGUGACGAUGUCGUUUUCGGCGAAACCCUCACUGGCAGAGACAUUGCUGUCAAUGGCAUUGCAGAUGUUUGCGGUCCAGUCCUGACUACAGUUCCGACAAGGAUAAAGCUGAAUCGACACGCCACAGUGAUCGAUACGCUCCGCAGAAUUUCGAGCAAUGUGACCGAUCGUAUUCCGUUUCAACAUUACGGUCUUUCCGAGAUUAGGGCCAUAGGCCGGGAAAUGGCGGCUGCUUGCGACUUCCAAAAUUUGCUUGUCAUACAAGCUGACCAAGAGGACCUCCCGGACACUAUGUGGUCUGUUUUCGACAACGGGGAGAACGGUAGCUUCUUCACGUAUCCUUUGGUCCUCGAAUGUAAAAUGGGGAAAGACAAUGCAGAGAUUUUGGUUCACUACGACACGAAUAUCAUUUCAACUUGGCAGGUCGAAAGACUUCUAUACCAAUUUGAGUCAGUCCUUGUACAGCUCAGUACCGUUCAGAAUAUCGGAGAGAUUCGAGUCUUUAGCGAUCAAGACAUGCAAUUGGUGCGCGAGUGGAACAAUUAUGAACCUCAGGCCCUAGAGGAUACAGUACCUGCUCUCAUUCACAAGCAGGCAAUGUUCCAGCCAAACAAAAUAGCCGUUUCUGCACAUGACGGAGAUCUCACCUAUGCCGAGCUUGAGCACCUCGCUUCGAUGCUUGCACAAGAAUUGGUCAAACAUGGCGCUGGUCCAGAAACGCUCAUACCCAUUUGUCUAGAAAAGUCGCGCUGGGCUAUCGUAGCCAUCCUGGGUAUUCUUAUCUCUGGCGCCGCGUAUGUGCCGCUCUCGUCAGAGUAUCCUGUUUCGCGGCACCAACAAAUCAUCGAGACCUGCAAAUCGAACAUCGUAGUCUGCUCCCCAGCUUACGAAGGUGUGUUUGCUACCCUUUUGCCUUGCAUUAUUCCUGUUAGCGAAGCGACUAUUCGCUCACUUCCAGUCAAUCCAUCUUCAAUGAUUUCACGAGCUAAGCCGGAGAGUUCCUGCUAUGUGAUCUUCACAUCUGGCAGUACUGGUGUACCUAAGGGUGUAGUAGUCGAACAUCGCACCAUCACAUCAAGCUCAGCAGCGAUAUGCAACGGUCUACAUAUCACACCAGACUCACGUGUGUUUCAAUUCUGCUCAUUUCUUUUCGACGUGUCCGUCGGCGAAACACUUACCGUUCUCAUGCAAGGCGCUACAAUCUGCGUACCUUCCGAUGAGCAGCGUGUUACGAACCUUGCCGAUGCUAUCACAAGGCUCAGCGCAACAUGGGCGUUUCUCACACCUUCUGUUGCAAGCACACUUGAAGGGCCACAGGCCGUUCCCACUCUGAAGACUCUAGUGGCUGGUGGCGAGGCUAUGACUGCACAGGUGAUUGAAAAAUGGUCUGAAGGCCUCCAUCUAUACAACGGAUAUGGCCCCACUGAAGGUACUAUAUUUGCCAUCACGAAUGACCAGGUUUCUACCCAAUGCGACCCUUCAAACAUCGGGCGUGUUCUCAAGAGCAGCAGAGCCUGGCUCACCAAGUCAGAUGAUCCACAUCAAUUAGCACCAGUCGGGGCGGUCGCUGAAUUAUGUCUUGACGGAGCGCUUCUUGCUAGAGGCUAUCUGAACGAUUCUCAGAAGACCACAGAGUCUUUCAUUCAGAAUCCUGCUUUUGUGGAAAAGUUUCCAAAUCUCAAUAUCACCCGGAUUUAUCGGACUGGAGAUCUCGUGCGCUACGGACAGGAUGGCUCCAUACAUUACCUUGGACGUAAAGACGACCAGAUCAAGCUCGCCGGUCAACGAAUCGAGAUCUCUGAAAUCGAGCAUCACCUGCAAGCUGACAGCGAUAUUCUCCAAGUGGUCGUGAGCCUUCCAGAAAAAGGACCGUGCAACAAGAAACUUACGGCUGUCGUCAACAUUAACACCAAAUCUGAUGAUGCAAAUCCCAACGAGAGAUCAUGGAAUAUGCUCAAAGUUGGCCCUGAGAUCUUUGCACAUAUCGACAAGAUCAGAACUAGACUUGGCGAUUUGGUCCCCUCCUACAUGGUGCCAAUGAUCUGGAUUCCUGUCAUGGAAAUUCCGAUAUUGGCCUCUACGAAAUUUGACAAGAAGGAAGUGCGCUCGUGGCUAGAGACUCUGGAUGAACAUACAUAUCAACGUAUCUUGGAGCUCGAAAGUAGCGGAACUGUGGACGAGACUUCGGAUCCUACGGUCGUGACACUCCAGAAUAUUUGGGCAAAGGUUUUGAAUAUUGGCGUCGACGAGGUGAAGCCAAACAGGUCAUGGCUCUCACUUGGUGGUGAUUCAAUUACUGCAAUGAAAUUCCUCGCCAGAUGCCGUAACGAGGGUAUCAGUCUAACCCUGAAUCAAGUCUUAAAGGCAAAAUCUCUGGCGCAUCUUGCAGAGAGUGUCGAGUCAACAACGACUUCAGUUCACAUUGCAGAAGAAAAUGAUAAACCCUUCGAUCUUUCACCAAUUCAGGAGUUCUACUUAAGCUCCCCGGGUGUCGAAGCGCAUACCCAUUUCAAUCAGUCCUCUACAAUGCGUCUCUCCAAGGAGGUUGACCUACCUAAAAUCAAGCAGGCCUUCGACAGUAUUGUCGCAUGUCAUUCAAUGCUUCGCGCUCGGUUCUCAAAGACUGAUGCUGGGAAUUGGCAGCAGUAUACUUCACGGGACAUAACAAAUGGAUAUGCAUUUGAGGUUCACAAUGUACCAUCCUCAUCCGAGGCGACGUCAAUCAUAUCCAAGACACAGAAGAGUCUUGACAUCUGGAGCGGACCCGUGUUUGCGGUCAAUCUGUUCAACAUCCCCUCGGAAAAUCAGGUUCUCUUCAUUGUCGCCCAUCACCUCGUAAUCGAUGUAGUAAGCUGGGGCAUUAUCCUAGGUGAUCUCGAAGACCUUCUCACCUCAGAAUCGCCCGCCAAGCUACCAAAGCCGAUCCCGUUCCAAGCGUGGUGCGAUCAACAGAGGAACCACGCGAUAGAUCCUGUACAACAAGCGAGAAUGCGUGAGAACUCCUUGCGAGUGCAGCCCGCAGACCUGGCUUUCUGGGGCAUGGACAAACGCCCCAAUGUAUAUGGUGAUGUCGAAAGGGACGAUUUCAUCCUUGAUCCUACUGUCUCUUCUAUGGCACUUGACAACCACGGAGCCAUGCGGACUGACGUCGUUGAUCUCCUGCUCUCAGCCAUCGUUCAUUCCUUUUCAAGGGUCUUCAUCAAUCGUAAGACUCCGACUAUUUUCAAUGAGUCGCAUGGCCGCGAAGUUUUGGGGUCGAACAACAUCGAUCUUUCCCGAACUGUUGGAUGGUUUACUUCCAUGUACCCUGUUACAAUCCCUAUCGGGGAAGAUGAAGACGACGUUGUACACACUGUACGUCAAAUGAAAGAUUUUCGACGUAAGAUAGUCGAUAAUGGCCGACCAUAUUUUGCGCAUCGUUUCUUGACCGAAGAUGGGAAACAGCGCUAUAAGGACCACGAACCGAUGGAGAUUUUGUUCAACUAUACGGGCAGACAACAGCAACAAGAAGCCAGCGACUUAUCCAUUCAACCUGUACAGUUUGCAGAAGGGGACGAGGAUGAAACAUCAGAUGUUGGUAUCAAGACUCCACGUAUGGCUUUGUUUGAGAUUUCUGCCUCAGUAGCAAAUGGCAAGAUACAAGUAGGCUUCAUGUACAACAACAGGAUGAAGAACCGGAAGGGUAUUCGCAGAUGGAUUGCGGAAUGCGAAAGAACUUUGGAGGAGAUCGUCAAUGAUCUCGCUAAGAUCAAAACACCACAACUAACCAUGAUGGAUUUCCCACUCCUGUCACUAGAGUCGUACGACCGCCUUGACAGAGUCCUGAUGACACUACCGACUGUUGGUGUGUCGUCUCCCGAUCAAGUCGAAGAUAUAUACCCUUGCUCCUCCAUACAGGAUGGUAUGAUCCUCAGUCAGAUCAAGAACCCUGAAUCGUACUGGUCCUCAACAACAUUUGAAGUCAGAUCAAAGACAAGGCCGGUCGAUGCGACGAGGAUAGCCGAAGCAUGGAACGAGGUGGUACAACGACAUCCCGCUUUGCGAACUGUGUUUAUCGACAGCGUAUGUAAGGGUGGUGUCUUUGACCAGAUCGUUGUCAAAGAUUGUGACACUGGUCUGGUGACCUACGAAUGCGAUGAUUCAGAGGUUCAAAAAAUGCUCAACUCAGUCAGAUACAGCGACCUUAAUGGAAAGAGAAAGCCGGCCCUUCCACAUCAAGCGAUCGUCAUCCAUACCACCACUGGCAAAGUUAUCGUAAAGAUCAUCGUCAAUCACGCUGUGAUCGAUGGUGGCUCACUUGGAAUCAUCGGCCAUGAUCUCCAAGAGGCAUACGAACAGCGUUUGCCAGACACUGAGGGGCCACUUUACAGUGACUACAUCAAAUACCUCCACAGUCUUUCGGCAAGCGACGCGGUUAGCUACUGGAAGGCCAAGCUCCGUGGUGUUCAACCCUGUUAUUUCCCAACUACAACCCAGCGUACCAGUACACCACGCCAGCUACGUUCCCUUGAUAUGCGAUUCGACCGCUGGGCUGAUCUUCACGUACUUGCAGAAACGAGUAAUGUGACUUUCUCGAACAUAUUCCUUGCUGCCUGGGCUCUUGUAUUGCGCAUGUAUACCGACUCGCAGGAUGUAUGCUACGGUUAUCUCACUUCAGGACGGAAUGUAACCAUCGAAAAUAUCGAGAUCGCGGUUGGAGCAUUUAUCAACAUGUUGGUUUCGCGUCUCCAGGUCAGUCCUGCAACAUCACUUCUUGAGGUGAUCACCAAGGUCCAGACCGAUUUUAUUGAGGCCAUGCCUCAUCAACACUGCUCGCUUGCGCAGUUCCAGCACGAUCUUGGACUCGCUGGUAAGCCUCUGUUCAACACUGCCGUCUCUAUACAGAACCGCGUUACUACCGAUGACAUUCCUGCGAAAGAUUCGGGUAUAGAAUUCGAGCAGCUUGACGGGCACGAUCCCAGCGAAUUUGCUAUCACAGUCAACAUCGAUGCGACACGCAACGACGAAGCUGUCAGAUUCACAUACUGGAGCGAUGCCAUCACUGACGGUGAAGCAAAGAAUGUCUCGACUCUUAUGGCCAAAAUAUUGUGUCAAGCUCUCGAGAACCCCAAUCAAACCAUCGCAGAAUUAGGUGUCUUCGUCAAUAGCAAGACCGCUCAAGCAAAUACCACACAUCUCUCGCCCGCGAAGGCUCGCCCCUCCAUAUUGCGAGGACGUUCCAGUACUUCUCAUACUUCCAGCUUCUCGUCAACAUCUCCGCCUCGUACACCACGUAUCACGUUCCCUGAUCUGGCACCUUCGCCUCCACUCCCGUUUGCGGCACCGGAUCAACCCGAUUGGAGCAGUCUAAUCCGAUCUAUUGUGAGUGAAAUGGUACCGCAGAUCGUAGAACAGAUCGUAGCGAAGAAUCAGAUUGUCGCAAAUCCGGCAUCGGCUACCGUGGACCAAAUGACUAGCCAGAUGACCGGAAUGUUUACAAGACGAGCAUCAAUACCGUACCGACGUAGACCAAGUGUAGAUGCGGGUUCCAUUCGGGCUGGGUCUUUCCGCGCCAGCUCUGGGAGACCCGGCUCAGUUCGCUCUCGUCGUAUGAGUACCACAAGUAACGCAGAAAGCAGAAUCCAGACAGCUGCUGAUAUGGUAGCUGCUGUUGGUGUUCUGGCCACGGAGGUUCAGAACGGUGUGGCGCCGGACUAUGUAGAAAAGAAGUUGCUCGCUUUGUGGAGUGAGCUCCUAGAGUUGGUGGAGGAAACAGUCGAACAAGACGACAGCUUCUUUCAACUUGGUGGUGAUAGCAUACUUGCCAUGCGGUUGGUCGGUGCUGCGAGAGAAGAGGGCCUGUCAAUGACUGUGGCCGAUGUGUUCAAAAAUCCUACAUUCGCUGACAUGUCUCGCGUUGUUCGCGUCGCUGGCGAAGUCAUUGAUGAAGUCAUGUCCCGCGCUGGAGGCGAAUCUAUCACCGGCAGAAGCACAGGGGGACCAUCACGGCCGCGCCUUACCCAGAAAGAGUCAUCGCUAUGGGAUGAUUUCCAAUCGGUCAUAUCGGACUUUAAUGUCGAUACAAAAAGUGUGCCUCCCAACACCCAACCUGAGUCUGAUUCGACCAAGAACGAAAUCGCGUUCGGGAAGAUGCAGGGCCUUGCGACUGGACAACAGCAGUCGCGUCCACAAGCACAGAAUAGGCAGAACUCACGAUCUCUGAUGCCACAAACCAUUCAAGAAAGCGUCGAGACCGCGCAAAAGUCUAUCUCACUACUCGGAGAUCCCAAUGUCGACAGCGUCAUCUCGAAAGUCCAAGUGUUCAAAGGCGGCAUUUCAGACGUCUUGCCGGUGACUGACUUCCAAGCACUGGCUAUCACAGGCACGCUCCUCGAAUCAAAGUGGAUGCUCAAUUACUUCUACCUUGACGGAAAUGGACCUCUUGAUCUUCGCAAGCUGAAGCAGGCAGCCUAUCGCAUGGUACAGGCUUUUGAUAUCCUUCGCACCGUGUUCGUUCCUUAUGGCGAUCGAUUUCUGCAGGUUGUGCUUAGGAAGCUCCAACCCGAAUUCAUCUUCCAGCAAACCGACUAUGACAUAGAGAAAUUCACCAAUGAUCUGCGACAACGAGAUCGCGACAAUGGUCCCAAGCUCGGUGAAGCAUUUAUCCAGUUCGUUGUCGCCAAGCAGAAGCAAUCCGGCCACUACCGCAUCUUGAUGCGACUUUCUCAUGCGCAGUAUGAUGGUGUUUGCAUGUCCAAGAUUCUUGGUGCGUUACAAGACGGCUACAAUGGUCUGCCUGUUUCAUCGGCCCCUAGCUUUGGCAACUUCGUGAGAGAAUCUGCAAAGGCGGUUGCAGGAGCUCACGACCACUGGAGGGAGGUACUUCGGGGAUCGAAGAUGACUGAGAUUGUUAAUCAUUUCGGACCAAACUACCAGCGUUCAGCAGGUCGUACCGUCACUCUGGAGCAGAGGGUCACAGUACCCAAGCUUGCCCAUAUCAACAUUACGAGUGCCACAGUUGUGAAGGCUGCGUGGUCCGCGACCCUGGCUCGCAUAGCAGGCAACUCUGAUGUUGUCUUUGGACAAGUCAUCUCGGGUCGCAAUAGCGGUGUUGCCAACGUCGAAAACAUCGUCGGGCCGUGCCUCAACAUGGUUCCUGUCCGCGUGGUGUACAGGCCAGAAUGGACUGUUCGCGAUCUACUGGCGUACAUUCAAGACCAGCAAAUUUCCAACAUGCCAUUUGAAUCUCUCGGCUUCCGAGAAAUCACUCGACAUUGCACGGACUGGCCAGACUGGACAAAUUUCUCGAGCGUACUACAACACGAUCAAAACAUUCAAGCAGACAAGCCAACAAUGGUGCUAGGCGGCAUUGAGUACUCCAUCGGUGCAGUUGGAUCGCAAGAAGACUUUGCCGACUUCUCCAUCCAUUCUACAUCACGCGAAGGCAAACAUAUGGAUGUCACCUUGACCUACGCCCCCAACAGCACAAUCACGGCAGAAUUCGCACAGCAAGUCUUCGAUAUGUUCUGCACAAACAUCAUUGCAUUCGCAGAAGACCCUCAAGCACUGCUCCCAUCACCAUCCGAUCUAGGCUCGCGCAGCUCCACAAUAAUAAACACCGACAAAAUGCGCUCCAAGUCCGCAGAAAAACAGCCCGUCACCCUGCCCACCGACACCGGUCUAUCCAAGCACGAACUCAGCACGCUCGCAACAAAACUACGCUCCGCAUGGGAGCAGAUCCUGCAUGAUGAGCACGGCGCGCCCGCCUCGAUCGAGCUAGGCUCGGAUUUCUUCCAGCUGGGCGGCGACAUCAUGGGGCUUGCGCAGGUAGCGUCGAUUCUUGAUCAAGAAGAGGGGUUCCGUGUAAGAGUGGAGGAUAUGAUUGAUAAGUCUGUGUUUGUGGAGCAGGUUAGCUUGUUGGCGGUUGAGCGCAAGAAGCAAAUUGAGAGGGAGAAUCAGAAUCCGUGGGGUGAGAAGGGGAAGGGCAAGGUGGAGCAGAAGGUCAAGAUGGAGAGGAAGGGGAGUAGUUUUGGUAAUUUGGUAAAGAGGAUGGGGAUGAAGAGGAAGGGGAGUUCGAAGUAG